AUGAUCAGAAAGAUAGAGAGAAAAGUAAUAACAGACAGUCACGAUCGGGGGGAAAGAAGCUGUUCCCAUGGAGACGAGGGAGAUGCGUGGAUGGUAAACAAGUAUGGAAGGCUUGAUGAAGAUGAGAAAACAUUAGUAGCGGGAAAAAGCGUUCAAAUUAGCAUCGAAGUGCUUUACAUGUUGUCAGAAGUACCGACUUUGAUCUCAUCCAGGCGGCCAAUCCUGCUUUUUCGGUCAUUUUCGUUGGGGGUGCUAGAAAAGAGUGGCACGAUAGAGGAACGGACGAAGCUGGACCCCAAUCACAAUGCCUUUGUGAGGUUGACCCGUACUUCAAUGGGUUGA